GAACCUCGUCUGAGCCGCCGGUAGUUAUUUACGGUAACGUCUCACUCUCCGUCCUUUACGGUAAACGGCAGGAGCGGGAAGUGAGUUCAGACAGAGGCGGAGGAGCUCAGGAGGAGAGGAAGAUGAAGUCCGUGCUAUAAUGAGUGAAAGCGGCGCUCAGCUGUUUGCUCGUCUGGAGGCUCGUCGCUGUCUGAAGGACAUCGAACCUCGACUGUUUCCUGAAGAUGGUGGACCUUACCAUGGUGAGGUGGUGGAGCUGUAUGGGACAGAGGGAACAGGUAAGACCGAGCUGCUGUAUCACCUGCUGUGUCGCUGUGUGUUGCCAAGGGCUGCCGGCGGUCUUGAGGUGGACGUUGUGUUCGUGGAUACUGACUACAGUCUGGACAUGUUACGACUGGUCAGCAUCCUGGACAACAGACUGAACGCAGCGCUCUCUACCAGCUCGCCCUCAGCCGGGUCAGAUGAGGUGGCGUUGCGUUCAUGUCUGUCUCGGCUCCUGGUUGUCCACUGCUCCUCCUCUUCCCAGCUCCUCCUCACCCUCCACUUCCUGGAGACCUCCCUCUCAUCGCGGCCCAGCCUGGCACUCCUCCUCAUUGACAGCAUCUCUGCUUUCUAUUGGCUGGAUCGCUGUGAGGGCGGGGCCAGCCUCACCAAGCAGGAGGAGAAGCUUAGCAAGUGUUCAGAGCUGCUGGGCCGACUGCUCAGGGAUUACAGAAUCACUGUCUUCGCCACCUGCCACGCAAUCAGGAGGAGCUUCAGUGGACCCACCUCCUCUUCCUCAUCCUCUUCCUUGGAGUCUGACCGACCGUACCUCUGUCGCCCCUGGCAACGGCUGGUGACCCACCGGCUGCUGUGCUCCCGGCAGGAAGCUGCAAACAACACGGCCGCGACAGCAGGAGGCAGCAAGGAGCAGAGGAGACAGCAGGUCUUCACCGUUCACUGCACCUCCUCCUCCACCUCCUCCUCCAGGACGAAGGCUUACAGGAGCAGCGCCUUCUACGUGACGGACGGCGGAGUGGAGUUUAUCUGAACUCCUCCUUUCAUCGGUGAAGUUUUUGUUUUUGAUGUGUUGGUGAAAACGUGGUUCUGUAUAUUUUUGGGUGAAGGAAUAAAUACGUUUGAGUUGAAUAAAGGUUUGUUGUGACCAGGA